AUGAUUUUCUUUCUCUUCAUUCUUUCGCUGACCCUGAUCAGCCUCAUACUUUGUGCCAAAUCAACGACAACCGAGGAGGAAUCGUUCAGAGCUUCCAAGAGCAAACACCCGAAAAGUAAGAAACACAAUCUCAUAGACGUAUGCUACGAUAUUUACAAGAAAUGCCAUUAAAUUUGGCAAAAUUUCAGAACCUGAUCCGAAUGUGGAGAGGACAGAGAGAAUUUCAAUUCAUGGCUCAGUCGAAGACAACAACGCCGAUUUUACGGAUAAUACACAUUUUGCACUGCCAGAGAAGAAAGGUUCGAAAGAGAGCACGGAAACGAAAGAUACGAAGGACACCAAAGACACAAGGGGUAAGAAUGAGACCAAACAUACCAAGAAGGAGGCCAAGAUGAAGGCGGAGAAGGAAUCACCAGAGGAGAGCGACAACAAAUUUUCUUUAUCGGCCAGUAUGUCCUAUACUCAGGAGGAACCGGUAAGUAAAACAUAGGAAUCGAACCCAAUCAAUUGAUUUUUCCUCAAAAUUCUUUGCAGUCAAGAAUUUUUGAGGAUUUGGAAGAAAUUUUCAUAAAUUCUUUAUAUUAUCUAUGGCCAACUCAAAAUAUUUUUGCCAAAGAUAAGAUGAUUUGCUCCAAAAAUAUCCCACAAGAAACCAAUUCACUUUUCAGACAGAGACUGCUGAGAAGAGACACGAGCGAAAACACCGAACCAGGGAUUCUAAUAACCGAAGUCGUCGAGAAAAACAUCGUCGCCCGAAGAAAUUGCCACUUUCCAGUCUAAGUGUGGACACUACCGCUGCAAACAGCAUAGCGGCUCCUCUAAAUUCAGCCAUUCAACCAGUCAGCAUGGUGGAGAAGACCCAGUACACGAAGAGUUCGAUUGGGACGGUAACUCAUGUGAAGGCUGACGGAAAUGAUGGGAGGGCCUGUCCAAAUACAACUCAGGAGGAUACUCAAGGGUGA